AUGCCGAUUGUUUGGGAUAACAUUUGUUUGGGGAUAACUAACCCAACCACUAAUAAAACGAGAUACAUCAUUAACAUCAAUUUGAACAUGGCUCGUCAAAUGCGCCAGCCUCAACACACCAGCCUAGAACCAAAAGCUCAACGCCGUUUGGUCAGUCAAGGAGCAAGCGAGAGAUUCGUGCUUCCGCCAACGAUGUUUGUGGCUCGAGACCGUACACUGUCCCCGGCGGCCGCGCCGGUUCGACGCAACAAGCACGACACGGAAGCGACGCCAGAACGAAUCCGACGGAUGGCCUGCCUCUAUCUAAGCUUGCAUUUUAUUUCUUCGCUCUGCAAACAGCCCUCUGCUUGGAAUCUCGUGCCUCGUUGCUUUUUCGAUGCAUUUGCGAUGCAAUAUGAUGCUCAAAAUCGACGACGGAUUCAAGGACGUGUGCGAAAGUUGGAGUUGGCAAAGAAGGUCGGCAAACUCCGACGGAAGGUGGGAUCGGGAAACCGAUCCCACAUUCCGUCACCUUUUGCCGGCGCCCGGUUGCGCUAUGCCCGGCUGGUGGCGCACCUGGACCACUCGCCGCUCAUCAAUUCGCUCGUUGGAUGGAAAAGCCUGUGUCAAUUGGCUCAAGUGUUAUGCGAGCCCUUGCGCAUCAUCAUUGCAAAUGCCAAGAUCAGCGGAGAGGACAAACACGAGGCCUGCAAGCCACUUAUUGACAAACUCAUGGCUGAUGACGACUUCUGGCGCAUCAUCGAGACGUGGCACAACAGCGAAGGACUUCCCUUGGUCAACAUUCUCCAGACUCAACUCAACUUGAUGAACGACGGUUUGGCAAAAGCUUGGAAGGACGGACUGGAGGAAAACGACGAAGAUGAUCUUGACGGAGAGGGACUCGAUGAUGAUGACGAAGACGAUUCCGGUGAAGAGGCAGAGACAGACCACCAAGGCGACAGCGAGGAGAUU